AUGGCUACCAAAGCAAUGCUCACAGCCUGGAUCCAGGGCCAGAAGCUCAAAGCACCCCAAAUGAAAAACGCAGCGGUGUUCCAGCGAAACCUAGAAGAGGCUCUAGACGUUCGCAGAACCGACCACGCUCUAUUCACACCAAACAUCAGUGCCUGGAAGAGCGGGGAAGGAGUGGACUUUUGUUCCAACGACAUCCUUCAUCUGGGAUCCACGGGCCAGAUCCGUGCUGCCUUUGAGAAAGAGUUGGCCAGUCAUCCAGAUUACAAUCUCUAUUCUGAUGGUGUCCGCAUGCUGGACGGCAACUACGAAUACAUUCAACAGGCCGAGACCGCUUUGAUCGUAAACUCUGGCUUCGAGGGCAACAUCGCAAUCUUUGGUGCGAUUCCGCGUCCUGGUGAUGCUAUCGUCUACGAUGAGCUCGUACAUGCCAGUACACUGGACGGUAUGGUGCACAGUUUGACCCAGGUUAAGCACUCCUUUCGCCACAACGACUGCGAUUCAUUUCGGGAACUUCUUGCGACGAUCAUUGAUUCUCAAAGGAUGAUUCGUGAUGGCACAAGAUGUAUUCUUGUGGCAGUGGAAUCAGUCUACAGCAUGGAUGGCGAUGUUUGCCCGCUGCGGGAGCUUGUCGAUAUCGCGAAAGAAGUUUGCCCAAAGGGAAACAUAGAAUUCAUCGUCGACGAAGCCCAUGGUACAGGUGUUUUGGGACCUCGCGGUGCUGGCUUAGUGAACGCUUUGGGAAUGGAGAAAGAAAUUGCCGUCCGGCUCCAUACGUGCGGCAAGGGGCUGGCGUCUACUGGUGGUAAGCAUUGUCAGAUGUGGGAGGACCAAGCAGACAUGAGGGAGAAGGUUGUUGUAUUAAGUGAGUAA